CUGAGGGGGCAGGGCAGGGAGGGUCUGGAUGGGAGCAGACCAGGGCUGGGUACUGUGGGGGCGUGGCGUGCCGGGUCUGGAAGGGGGCGGGGAAGCGCAGGGCUAGGUACUAUGGGGACACGGCAGGAGCUACAGUGAGUCCGGCUCUGCCAGUAGCUGCAGACCCAGGGCCGUGACACGGGGCAGCCAUCUUGAACCCCCGACCACACCCGCGUCGAUGCCAACGUAUCACGUACGUAGCUGUGGCCGCGGAGCUCCUGGGAGCGCAGAGCAGGCCGAACUCAACAACGCGGACGGGCGCCAAGAGGCGACAGCCGCGGAGCAGAAGAACCCGGAUGAUAACAGCAACACUGGCACGUUCGCCGCCUUCGGUUGCGCGGUGACGUCACGCAUAACUUGUCGUGGGAAGUCCAGCCAAUGGGCGGAGGAAGCGGAGAAUUUCGAACUAGGAAGACUCCGGAAGCGAGGAAGGAGCCAACGGUCUAAGCGCCGGAGUCCGUUACGGUAGAAGAUGGGUGGAGAAAAAUGCUUGAAAAGGUCCUUUAAGGACAGUCUGGAUGAUAUAAAAGAAAGAAUGAAAGAGAAAAGAAAUCAAAAAUGGGCAAAGUUGGGUAAAACAAACCAGGUCUUGCCUAUAAAAUGCAAAAUAGCAACCAACAGUUCGGUGCAACUGAAAAGCUUGCAAGCAAACAAUCGAGCACUAGCUCUAGCUUUGCAAGAGGAAAAAGCCAAAAUGAAAGAAGCCCAAGAUAUCAUUCUGCAUUUAAAGAAAGAGUAUCAGUCUCUGAAGUUUCAGAUAUUUGUUUUACAAAGAAAACUUAGCUCACAGCAAGCGAAAGAACCUGUUGAGACCAGAUUGUCGAUCUUGAGCAAGAUUGUUUCUAAAGUUGCUCAAAACCUACUCGAUACAGCGGAUCUUCUUGGUCCAGCUCAGGAUUUGUGUUCCACUGAUCUUAACAAGAGGAUGUGUCCCUCAAUUCUUGAAGAUGAUGACUCCAGUAUUUUAAGACAAGCUGGUUCUCUGGGACUUCCUACACGUGUUCUUGUUGCAGAUGCUAGCCUGGAAGGCGAAAUGCUUGGAAAUGAAAUAGAGAAUAAUACUGAUACAAACAAUGCAUCUUAUUCUAUGUCAGAUUCCUGGCAGACCUUUAAAAAUACCUCUUCAGUUAAGAAAAUGGCAACAAACACAGGACAAAGAUCUGAUUUUCAUCUGGACAACCUAGAGGCCAACUUGGAAAAUAUUCUUUUAGAUGAAGAGGAUAGGCAAGUUGGUAAUAUCGUACCAAAAACUGUAUCUACUAGGCGUCGCUGUUCAAACAGGAAAAUUCAUGUGCAUAAUCUAGACCAUUCAGAAAGGAUUUAUUUGACCAGAGAAUUUUGUAAACAGGAUGAAACUAGACUUGAGGGAAGUCUAGAGAAAGGUAAUAUAGAAAAUAUAGAGCCAAAUCUUUCUCAAUUGAAUGAAAACAAGAUAAACAUGAAGCCAAUGUUGGAUCAGGCAGAUACUUUGACUGAAUUGAACUGCUCAGUUGCAGAACCUAAACUUAAACAAAUUCAGCCUAAAAGCAGAGAAGACUCUCAAACAAGAAGAGAGAAAGGACAAAAAGGAAAAUUGGAAGGAAGUAAAAAUACUUCCAGAACAAGAUCAAAAAGAGAGAGAAGCCAGGAGGAACCAACUUCCAAAGUGAAACUGGAUUUAUCAGUUGGCUCCAAUAACGCUUAUGAUUUUCAGUUUGAGGAGAAUGUCCAUAUCACACCUUUCCGACAAAACAAGAUGAAUGAUUGUGACUGUGAGGUGGAUGAAAGAAAGGAUACAUCUGAAUCCGAAACACACAGCAGUGAAGGAAGCGAUUCAGAAGAGAAUUCUGAUGACAGCCUGUAUGUGCCUUACAGGAGUAAAUCAAAAUACAGGAAGAGUUCACAGUGCAAAAAUGAUGGAAGUCCAGUCCAUACAAGACCACGCUCUAAAAGAUCUGUGGUGUACCAGCAACAGAAAGCCAGUAAUGAAAAAGAGACUAAGAAUACUACAUCAAAUGAAAAAACUAUCAGCACUGUUGAAAAUACUCCAGUGGAUAGUACCUCCAUGAUCAGGAAAACCAACAUUCUGUCAAACAUUGUGAUGAAAGUAGAUGAAGUAAAAUCAUAUUCUCUCCUAUGUGCUAUGGAUACAGUACCAAAAGUAGAUAAGAAUUCUUCCUCUGGAAAUAUAUAUUGCAAUUUUGCUAAAGUAGGGAAACCUGAGGCUUCUCAAACAUCUCGUCUUCAUCUCUGUGAUGUAACUAACAUCUCUUCAUUGUCUGGUACAAAAAGUAGAAUCUCUCAUCCAUUUUUAAGUAUUGAUGAAAAACCAGGAAUUCCCAGCCACAAACGCAGGUGUACUAUUAAUGUGAAUUACAAGGAACCAAGUAUCAGCAGGAAGCUCAGAAGAGGAGAUCCGUUUACAGAUAUGUGUUUUCUGAACUCUCCAAUUUUCAAGCAGAAAAAAGAUCCUAAACACCGUUCUGUUAAAAAGGAAUCUCUCUCCAAAUACAAUGAGGCAUUUGUUGGAUGUCGUUGAGAAGCUCUUUUGCACCCCCUUGUGGAGUGCUGAGGCAAAGAACAUUUGGUUAACAAAUUUGCUAUGUAAUUUGACACGUAAAUCAAAAUGUCACAUUAUAAUUAUGCCAUAAGAAUGUCUUGUUCAGUCUCUGUCCUGUGUACCAGGGAAAUCUAACUGUAUAUUGGAGUAGGUAGUGAUAACUAUAGACUAUUUUAAAUUUAGAUUCCAUGGGAAUUUCAGUAGAUUUCAGAUGAAUAUUUUAAGAUCAUGAAUUGAAUUUAAUAGAGUAAGGAGUAACUGUUACUGUGCCUGUUUGUUAUAAAAGCAGUCUUGCUACCCAACAAGUGUUUCUAUUUAAACUCUUUGAUUCCUGAAUUCCACUGUGAAGUCCAUUAUCUGAAGGCAUGUUGAGAAUCUCUGGUGUAAAAAGAUAAGCAGUGUGAAUUAUUUGACUGAUUACUAGAUUUGCCAGUCCCUGCUUAUUGUAACCCCUCACUUGAUAUAGCUGAAUUAUAGUAAAUCUUGGGAUUAGAUUACAAUUUUAAGUGAGCAAGGUUGUACAGCUGUCUUAUUACUUACACAAACCUGUAGUCUACUAAUGUUGAAAUGUAUAAUAAAACUUUUAGAUUUUAUAAAGUCUUGUAAAUAACUUACAUUCUAACUGCAAUGGUUUCAGUCUAAGGGCAGGUCUACACUAUGGAGAAAAGUUAAUUAAGCUACACAGUUUGAGUUACGUUAGUAGUGUAACUCAGGUCAUCGUAGCUUAGAUCUACUUACUGCAUGGUCGACGAGAGAAACUCAUUCCGGAGGAGUACUAGAGUCAAUGGGAGAGUGAUCAGUGGUCAAUUUAGCAGGUCUUCACUAGACCCACUAAAUCAACCUCUGGUGGAUUGAUCACCGCAGUGUCGAUCCCACUGGUAGUGGAGACAAACCCUAAGUAAGGUUAUGUUCGUACUACAGUUCGUCAGUAUAAUUUACGUUGCUCAGGGGAGUGAAUAAAUACCUCCCGGAACAACAUAACUUGCACUGACAUAGUGCUGUUUACAAUGUCAGUGGGAGAGCUUCUCCCGCCGAUGUAGCUUCUGCUGCUCGUGGGGGCUGGAGAAGUUAAGCUGAUGGAACAGCUUUCUCCCGGUGGCUUACAGCAGCUAUAUUAGAGACCUUACAGAGGCACAGCUGCAUCGGGGCAGCUGGCACAGCUGUAAAUUCUCUACUGUAGCUGUGCCCUGGCUUAGAGGUGGUAAAGAAAAUGUUAAAGCUUCUUGCCCUGACUCCAGCUGUUGGCAUUUUAAGUUCCAUAUGAAAGAAGUAGAGUUAGUAUGUAGCUAAACUAUGCAAGUCAAACCAAAAAUACCAGAUAAGCUAUAUGAGUAACAGUGUAUCCUGAAGCAGUUUUCAGAUGCAAUUUUUUUCCAAUAUUAAGCUCUAUUUACAUAGUCUAAACAACAGUAAGACAAUAGAUAUGAAAGUUGAUAGGUAACACAUGAUUUUUAACCAAGCUGUAACACAGUUCAGCACAACUUACACAGAUGAGAGUAAACUGUAGUAGUCCACUUUGACAGCUGCCAUUGGUGGGAGCUAAAAGGAGGUUCUUUGUUUAGGAGGAAUUUUUUUUUUUUUUUAAAUUGAGAUGUAGACUGUGCAAAGCUUUUCUCAUUAUGCAACUCCUGGGUUACCUAUUGUUGGGUUUUUUUCUCCUGCAAAAGUUGUUUUCCUUUUAACAGGGUUUUACAGAAAAAUCUAGCCAAGCAGAAACGUACUUUCCUACCUGCUCAUUUCACUUUACUAAAAAUUUCUCCCAAUACAGCUGUAGUUGGAAAGCUGCCACUAGCCAGGCAGAGGGAUGGUCUUCCUCAUCAUGGAAUUCUGAUACCAUGGGGCGGGUUAUUCACUUUUUAAAAGUUUGUCUGUCAAAUCCACCAAGGAGGAUGGGGCUAGCAGAACUUGAGACGUCUCACAUUAAGUGAGCAAAGUAUACACCAAGUAUUAAUUUUUAAUGUGGGACUAUGUGUAUGUGAAAGCAAUAACUACUGAAUUAAAACAUCUAUUCUAAGAUAUCUUUUGAAUAUAGGACCAGCUCUUGUAAAUUUCCAUUACUGGAGUAAGAAGCCCAGUUCUGCCCACACCCAGGAUUGCCACUGUUUCUCUAUAGGAUUGUAGGGAGUUAAACAGAAUAUGCUCAUAGCCCCCACAGACGGAUUUUUUAUUUGUAAAAGGGAUGCCUUUAGUUGGAGAAGAUACAGUAAAUGUAGACUUAGUAACUAAAUAGCCAGCUUUUGGAGAGGCUUCUGGGUUCAAUAGACAUUGCAAUUUAUAAUCUAGCAUCUUAGUGAGAAGCAGACCAAAUAAUGAAAAACUGUCACCAAGUAUCUCCAACAAUUCUUGACAUAGCCACAGGACUUCCCAUUUCUUAGAGGAAUAGUUCUGAUUGUCCACAGACAAGUCAGUCAGGGAAAUAGUGAGCCAGGGAUGCUUCCUCAAGCUACCAUCUCCACCCCAUCUUUUUCAUCAAGUCAUCCGGUUCCAAUAACCCCAUAAAACAAUCUGAUACAAACAGAAAUCUCUCAUCUUCUGGAUAGGGGAGUGAUAUUCUGUCAGAAGAAAGGUUUUUAGGGCUUUCCUCCAUCUUCAUUGUACAGAAGUGCAUCAGGGUUGGGGAAAUCAGAGCCAUUUUUGACCCCCAAAGUCUCUAAGUGGAUAAAGGAUAUGAAACAUAGCUGGAGCUCCUGACCUUUACCAAGCCAGCCCCUGUACUAGAACUUCUCUGCCUCAGUGGAUGCAUAUUCUCAGCUGACAGUACCACCUCAGACUUAUGAGAAUCACCUACAGCAGGAAAUUUUAUCACUACUGAACACUCCCAUUUAGCCGGUCUUUGGCCCCUAGGAUUUUUACAGAGGUGAUGGUGGUAGUAAUAGCAAGAACCAAAUUUCCACGGAAUUACCGGUAACCUGAACCCCUUCCUGGAUGACAUCUUGAUCGGAGCUCAAUCACAGUCAAUGGCUUACAGGACCAGAUAUCAGAUGUUGAAUCUCCUCCAGGUUCAGCUUCAUCAUGAGUGCAAAGAAAAGUUCUCUGGUUCCAUCCAGUAAUUUAUUUUCUUUCUCCAGAACUGUAGGAACCAUACCAUAGUCCUGUGUCUACAACUGCUAGGACUCCUGGUGUCAUGCACUGGGAUCAUUCAUGAGCAUAAUCACACAUCAGAAGUCUUCAAGGCUUCACACCAAAGGUGUGGGACCACUCCCCAGAACACAUGAAAGAUCAAGUACGCAUUCCAACACAGAUGUUCAACUCUUUACAAUAGCAGUCAGCCUACGACAAUGUCACAAAGACAUAUCCAUCUGCUGUCAAGAUUCUAUAUUCCAGUUUCUCACAAAGAACAUCAGCCUGGAGGGCUGCACAGAACCAAACAGCCCAGGGCCUCAGGAACAAGGAAGAAAGCGUUCACAGCAUAAACCUCCCAGAGCUGAGAGAGUUCAAAGUAGGCCUGCAAAGAUUCCAGCCCACCUUAAGGGGGAACCACAUGCUGGUUCAAGCAGACAAGAUGACUGCAGUCACAUUUACAGAGACAAGGGGAACAAGAAGUCCCACAUCAAACGCAGAAACAAUGGCAAUAAUGAGGUGGGCAGAACAGUUCCUCUUUUCCCCACUGAGCAAUCCGUAUUAUAGCAGAACUGAACCAAAAGCAGACUGGCUCAGCAGAGACAGGGUCUGCAACUCCGAGUGGUGCCUGAAGGAGGAAGAUUUCAAGCUCAUUGUUCAGACAUUCAGUCUCCCUUCAACCGAUCUAACUGGGAAUCGUCUGAACACUAAAAAGCCAAAAUACUUCACCAGGGCAGCUGUCAAGGUUCUUUCCCCACUCUGAACUUUAGG